AUGUCUCGAAGGAAGCAGGCUAAGCCGAGGUCUCUUAAACCGGAAGAAGAGGAAUGGAAUGAAGAUGGUACUGCAGCUGAUGGACGUAAGAGAAUAUCUAGUGAACCAGGACUCGAGGGUGAUGAAGAUGUGGGUGAAGAUGGAGAGCAGCAAGAGGAAGGCAGUAACGAGGAAAAAAAAGACGAUGACAAUGAUGACGCCAAUGCUGACGAUAAUUUUGAAGCCGGUGAGCAAGAAGAAACCAAUAACACGAAGGCUGAACUCUACGAGUCUGAAGAUGUGCCAGAUGUGGCUGACAUUAAAUCAGAGAGCAUGGAUAGUUUCGAAUCGGGUAAGUCAAAAGUAAUUACUUAUAAUAACAACCAAGUACUUAAUAUUCUGUGAUAUUUAAAGUAGGCGAAGCUCGUAAUAAACCUGUCGUAAGAAUAAAAUUUAACUUAGGAGACAACUACGGAAUGGAGGUCGCAUAUUAAUAUUUGAAUAGAGGCGUGUAAAAAAGUGUUGAAGUCGGAGGUGAUAGGGCCGGCCGGCGUUAACGGAGCCCUAGAGGGCCUUUGCCGAAGUCCCCGCUUCGCAAUACAGCCGAAAAGAUAAAAUGAACAUAAAGUUGAGGAGCAGAUACUCUCGCUCAGAGGAAUCGUAGUUUCCCUCUAGGCGACAGUAAACCGGCUACGACUAGCGGCGCCGAUGUUUGCUACACGCAGUUUGCGGAAGCGACUGACGGCCGCCACGCGCCGCGGCCGGGCGCGGCCGGACUCCCGACCUCCCACACAGCUUUUAUAGCAAUGGACUUUAUUGACACUGCUGUAAAAUUUAUGAAUAUACAAGUGAAGCACGGGUAUCAUAAGGAAUCAGAAUAUUUCGCUGAAACCUAAGUUAAAGACAGUCUAUUAAGUUUAGUAUACCAAUAGUUAUGAAAAGAAAAGAAUUUGCGAUUAUGUCGCAAAUUCUAUUCAAUCCAAAAAUUCCUACGAAAAAGCAAGCUCAUAUUCUGCUUAAAAAUCAAAACUCAAGUCCAAAAUUCAGGAAGGUAUUUAAAAAAGUUCUAAAAGGGGAUCUCGUGAGAGCAAAUACAUUUCUAACGGAAAAUGUGGAAGCUAAAAUUGCAUUGCGGACGGUGGUCGUUCCGAACUUACAAUUAAAACGGACGCCCGAAAUUGUGUACACCGUUCGUCACUUAGUACCCGAUGAAAGGGGGCCUCUCGCUUUAGGACUCGUUCGAUCCAUUACUAUGAUGAUGAUUUAUUUUAACAUGCCGUUUUGUAAUCGAUUUGGAACAGUUUUAUUUAAUUAAGAAUGAAAAAUGAUAAAGAUCUACAAAUAAGUUUGUUUCAAGGUUUUGUCUCUUCUUUUUUAAAAUAAUUUUAAAAUAUGUUUUUUAAGAUUUGGUAAAUUUGGACUUUAUUUGAUAUCUAUUACUAGAUAUAGGUUUGGGAAAUCUAAUAUACAUAUUUUCUUGGGUUUAAAUUGGAUCUAUUUUUUCGAUGAUGUUACACCUAAGCAGCUAAGUCAAGACUGUUUUUUUGUCUCAAAUACAUGGUUUCUACCCACUAUACCCAUGUAUUUUGUGAUAGUGCUGACCUAUAUUUGUAGGGAGCAAACACUCUAUUUUCUGUAAAUAGUUGCAAAACUCACUCAUGCAAAUGAAAACAACCAGAAGCCUAACGCUGUACAUCUGAUAUACCAUUAGUGAAAGUCUUUAUUGUUUCGAUAAAACAAUCAGCGCGUCGCUCUGACGUGCUC